AUGAAUAUUAUCAAAAUAUUAUGUCUUGGAACAAAGAAUUUACAAGAUGGUUCUCUGAUUUUUGGUAUUUUAAUGAUUUCCCUUGGUUUAUCAAUUAUUGGUGGUGUUACAGCACAAGACAAAAGUUGCCAGGUUUUAAUGUGUGUAGAGACUGGUGGUUCUGUCGCAGUUGGUUCCAGUAGUGGACUAUCAGAAGCUCAGACAUAUGUAACUCGAAGUUGCCCCGGAGUAACUAACUUUACCACUUGCUACGUAGAUUGUAGUGGGCCAUAUACUGGUCAAUAUUGGACUUGGAAGUCAUGCAGCGCACUUGGUGAUUUUCAUAGCACUUGGAUUACGUGUGGUGAUACUAGCGUGUUGGCUGCAUGUAAAGUAGGAGGUGAUCCAAAUUAUCCAUUUAAUACACCUACUCCCACUAAUAGUCCUAAUAGUAAUAAUCCUAGCAGUAAUUCUCAAGCAAGUCCUAAACAAAAUAAUAACUGUGCAAACGGUAGUACUUGUAUUAAUUAUAACUCUCAAACAAAUCAACUUGAU